UACACGAGCAUAUGUUUUGCAUCUGCCGUGCUUCGUCUUGUCAUUAAAUAUGUCGAGUCGGGAUCCUUUCCCCUCCCCAAAGUUACAAAACGACUUCACUCUCAGCGGCUUCAGGACGCAGCGGAGAACAACAUUUAGUAAGCCUACCCAUAUCGCCCAAACAGAGGAACCCUGGAGUCGUCUCCAUGAGACAGCCACUUUGUCCAGCUCCCGGCGGAGUGUUGUGAAUUAUGAGCCUCAGGCUCCACAGGACAGCCUCGACCUCCAACUAAAGUCCGUCUACGACCACCACAAGGACUUCUUGUGGUUAAGGAACCAGGUUUUAUACCAGCAGGGGACCAUCUCUAGGGACCACAGGUCGCUAUUGAUGAACUUCAAGUUCCUGUCCUGGCAGUGCAACCUCACGCAGGACAUGCUGGAUAAGGAACAAGAGAAAGACAUCAGAGUGCGGGUCGCUCUACAGAGGUGCACCAUUUACAGCAUGAAGUGA